GAUAAAGUGAUCUGACAUGUGUUUAUGUAUAAAAGCAUUUCUGGUGAAGUACUUGGAAUUCAAGACUUGUAAUGAGGAUUUCAGUCCGAAGUGGCUCUUCUCAACAUUGCUGGAAGUGGGAGUGGAUCUUCCCCAGCUACAUGAAACUUACCACAAGCUGUAUCGUUCAAAAGAUCUGUGCUGGAAGACAGCUAGGAAGCCUUUACAUUUGUUAAACGUUAUUGUUGCUUUAAUAGCAGCUUUUGUUGAAAGCCCAUCUCUUGUUCACCUAAAUGAAAGACGAGCCUUCACUACAAAGUGUCUUGAUGCAGUGGCUGGCUACCUAGUGGACCUUCAGUCAUGCAACAGUGCUGACCCCGCUGUCCAGGCUCUGAGUUCAGAGUUUAAAGCCGUUCAAUUAAAGCUGGAGCGACUUCCCUGAAGACUAAGAAACCAGGCAAUUGUCAGCUGAUCAUUCCUGCUCAUAGGCUUAAUCCAGCUGAUCUUCGUUCUUCAUAAACUGAGUCCAAGGUUAAGAUCAUCAGUUUAGAAACUAACUGUGGAACUAGGAAAAAAAUAUAGCACAUAUUUCACACAUCUGUGUUUGUGUGUAUUCUUUUUGAAUAAAAAUAUGAGAGACUUGUACAUAUCUUUCUGGUAAACAUCCAGUUUGUCACUCCCUCCUCCCAUCUUUUCCUUUUAUACAUAACUAUUUAAAUAGACUUUAGCAAUCUUACCUUCAAUAUUUGUGAAAUGCAACCAUGAUUCCGAUGACAUGACAUUUUUCUCCCUGCAAAUUAACUUUGAGAAAGUUUUCUUUUGUAAGUGCAUCUUAUUGUUGCUGAAAAUGAUGUAAUGUUUAUCCAAGUAGCUGUAACCAGAGAUCCAAAAUAAAAAGUCUUUAGAUUUG